CGGGCCCGUGUGUUGCAGGCGCUGAGGGAGCGCGGCUGCCGGAGCGAGGAGCAGUUCCGGGAGGUGCUGAGGGAGAUUGAGGCAGAAGUGCGGAGAAGAAAAGAGUUAAUCCAUCAGUCAGUGGAACGCAGAGCCAUCAUCUCCAAGUGCUACAAACCAAAACACCCAGAGGUGUACACCCUGCAGGAUUCCUUCCUGGCCCCAGAGUUUCUGGAAAUCGUGAGGUUCUGCACAUCUCCAGGUGCUGAUCUCCAGGGCCUCCUGAGCUACCUCGAGUCCUUCUCAGAUAAGAGGAUCUACCGACUCCCAGUGUUCACAGAGGAGUUCUGCCAAGCCUUUGUGGAUGAGCUGGAGAACUUUGAGCAGUCGGAUAUGCCCAAAGGCAGGCCCAACACCAUGAACAACUACGGGGUUUUGCUGAACGAGCUGGGCAUGGACGAGCCUUUCCUGACGCCGCUGCGGGAGCGGCUCCUGCCCAUCACGGCCCUGCUGUACCCGGAGCUGGGAGGGGCCUGCCUGGACAGCCACAAAGCUUUCGUGGUCAAGUACUCCCUGCACGAGGACCUGGACCUCAGCUCGCACUAUGACAACGCUGAAGUCACCCUGAACGUUUCCCUGGGGAAAGAAUUCACAGAAGGAAAUUUGUACUUCGGGGAUUUCAACCAGGAUCCCACCCCAGUGCCCAAAUACAUCGAGGUGGAGCACGUUGGAGGCCGGGGGCUGCUGCACCGAGGGGGGCAGAUCCACGGGGCCCUGCCCAUCGCCUCCGGGCAGCGCUGGAACCUCAUCAUGUGGAUGAGAUCCUCGGCCAUCCGAAACCAGCUCUGCCCCAUGUGCCGCAGGAAACCCGAGCUGGUGGAGGCCGAGGGCUUUGGGGAUGGCUUCACAGAACCCCUGGAGGAGGAGGAGGUGCCACAGACUGUGAAUCUCUGUGCCUUGGGGUAGUGGGGGGAGGAUUUCCUCACUCCAAAUUGCCCAAAGCACUGUUCUGACCUCCCAGGCUGCACCCCUGGGCUCUGCUGGGUGCAAGGAGCAGCUCUCACCUCGGGAAGGGAUGCUGAGCCAAUUGAGGGCUCAGCUGGGGCUGGAGGACUCUAAGACACACAAACUCCAACUCUGAUUCCCUGCAGGAGCUCUGUCAAUAAUUCCAAGUGCACAGGGGGAAAAACCCAAAGCUCCUUGGCCUCUCUGCCAACAGCAGCACCCCAGGUCCCACUGGAAAUGGGGAAGAUUGGUAGAAUAAACCAUUUCUCUGCUGUUC